CUGAAAUGUCGGCUUUGCUUUUACUGGGAUUCCUGUGCGUGUGUUCGCAUCAACUUGCAAGGGCUGAAUACAGCUGCUCUGGAACUGCACUUGCAGCGGGCGAACGAAUGUUGAUGGAGACACUUCAUAACAUUAGAAGAAGAGAAGUAGCCCAAGGAAUUGUCAAUAACGGAAUAAGUGGCACGAAGCUAUUGCAAGCGAGAAAUAUGAGAAAAAUUGACUACGAUUGUGAUCUGGAGACAGAUGCUCAAACCGUGGCUGAUUCGUGCACACUUACACAAACUCCUGAAGCUAAGCGUCCAUUACAUGGGGAGAAUAUAGCCGUGAUUGAACCCAGCGGUGCUACAUAUACUAAUGGACAACUCUUGGCCAAUGCAGCCGAUCAGUGGUUCACGGAAAUUUUGAGGAAUGGCAUGAAUAAAGAAACACACUUCAUUCCUUACUUUAGGGACAAGCCGCUCUCACCCUUGAGAUGGUCACAGAUGGUCUGGGCAAAGUCAAACAAAAUUGGCUGUGGUAUCAAAAACUGCUUUGGCCUUUUCUACUUUGUUGUGUGUCGUUACUCGCCAAAGGGUAACGUUCUUGACGACCAUGUUUAUACCACAGGAACACCGUGCACUCAAUGUGAAAGCGGAUGCUACGAUGGUGUACUUUGCAACUAAGAUGCCAUUUCAGCUCAAGUUUUGUAACACCAAACCGAUAUUUUU